CUAAGCUCGCCAACUAGCCUCAAAGAAUCCAUCGCCUUCGAGUGCGGCAGCGAAGAAUGGUGAGUGCUUGACUAACAGGUCCUGCACACGCACACAGGUCCAGCAGAGGGAGAGAGCAGCACAUGUCCACCAUGCAAUUCCGUUAUGCACCAGCGUUCGUGGUGCCACUCGCUCUUUUUUCUUACCUUCUUCUCGUAGAAUGUUUGUUUUGCCUCUGCUGUUCCAACGACUAUCCUCCAGCGACGCCUCUCCCAUCCACCGCACUUUUUUGUGACCGUCUGCGGCCCGUGUGUUGUCUGUGCACGUCGGAUAAAUGCUGAGAUCUCCGAUUGUUGCGCUACUUUUCGGUCUGCUCGCAUCAGAUAGCGGCGUAACAAUGGCAACGAACGAACGAACGGCAAGAAGAGA